UUCAGCGCAAACAAAGCAUACGUCAAUUUCACAAACAAAAUAGAUCCAGCUGAUCAGUUUGCAUUCUUGGAGACGGAAUUGGCGAACGCAGAAAAGUGUCCAAAUAGAGUUUCAGAGAACUGUACUUCUCUUGUUCAUAUUAUCGCUCAUAUUGCACCUGGAGCAUUCGAGAAAACUCCGAAUAUCACAUGGUUCCGUGACGAAUACAAUGAAAAAUUCCUGAAUUUGACAGUACGAUAUGCCAAUUCAAUUGGAUGGAUGAUCUUUGGACAUCAUCACACAGAUACAUUCCAUUUGAUUAAGGAUGAAAAAGAAAACGUUGUUCAAUUGGCACUGAUGUCUCCAGCUGUAACUCCCUGGUUCUCUACACUUCCAGGAGCUGGAGCCAAUAAUCCAACAUUCCGGGUUUAUGAAACAGAUCUCUACAGUAAAAUUGAAGAUAUCAAAACUUAUUACAUAAAUCUCGAUGAGCUUAAUAAAAAUGCGUCGACGCCAUUCGUUUUCGAAUAUUCGUUUAAAGAUGCCUAUGGAAUUACAGGAGAUAUCACACCGAAUGCUGUUUCCGAUGUUCUUGAAAAAAUGAAAACCAACGACAGUUUGUUCAUGACUUAUAUCAAUUACAACACUGCUUUCUGGAAUCCAGUGAUGCCAGUGGAUGAAUAUAAAGGAGCCCAAUUGUGUUCUAUGGAGUACGCCGACUAUCCUCGAUACCAAACAUGUCUCUCAAAAUACGAAAAAUCUGCACAUAAUGAUCUGAAACUUCCCAUCUUCUCUUUACUUGCAAUCUUCUAUUCCGAAUUUUUAUUGUUCCAAUGCUUCCAGAAAAAAACCCGAUUUAAAUUUCCAGAAAUUCCCACUAGUAAAAACUCAUGUAAAUCUCAACCUCAACUUCAUAAAAAGAAGAAGAAACAUGCUCAAAGAGCAGUCAUCAUAAACUUUUCACAGGGAGAAAAAGUCACUGAAGAAGAUGUGAAGAUUGAAUUAGCACCAUUCGGACCUGUUCAUUCGGUUCAUAUGUGCACUUUGGAUGCCUGUCAGGCUUUUGUGACUUUUCGAAAUUCUCCGGAAAUGUCAGCACGGAAAAUAGUUUCGAAACUUUUCAAAUUGACAACUGGAGUACUGUUCGUAGGAGAUUUCGUAUGGACGAUUUGUAAGCCAGAAGAAUGGAAGAAAUGUAUGGAAACCCCAUUGGAUGAUUUGGAUGGAGUUGAGAAUGUGAGCUCGGCUGGACAAGGAAUUACGGUUGAUGAGUUGACUGAUAUCUUCACGAAUUUCAUGCAACAUAAUUCUUCAAUGUCUCCAGUGUCCGUCUUCUCCAAUUCAGCUCAAUCAUUCUCUUCGUUUUCGUCUCUUUCUCUUGCAAAAUCAUACGGUUCAUCAUCUUCUUCACACGCCGGUAGUUGUGAUUCCUCCGCGACAAUCACCCCAUUCUCUUUCUACCCCGCUCAAAAAUCUUCUGGUUUCAUCAAUCUGCCGCCUCCUUAUCACAUUCUUCCGGAUACCGCCUUCUUUCGUCGCACCAAAAUCGUUCCACCUCCGCCAAUCAAACCGGUUUCAUUGACUCAAAACAUCAUGGAUUGCUAUAUCAGCAGUAUCCGAAAAGGCGAUUCUGAAUUGAACAGAAGCCGUCAAACGUCGAUCGGUUCGAAAAUGGAAUUGGAGUGCAAUUGGUGCAAUUCGUUGUAA